UCUGCAGGAUGGCUAGCAAGAUGGCAGAGCCACCACAAUCCAAAGGAAAUGGCCUGGACAGUAGCCAGCUUCUACCUCCAAUGCAUACUUCCAGGAGGGGCCUUCAACAAGUCCUGGACCUCUUCCGUAAUGCCACACCCAAUCUCAAAGAGCUCCUACUUCAGGAGGCAGAUAUUAUCUAUGAGUGCAGGGUGUGCAAAGGCCUCUUUCGUGGUCUUGUCAACUUCAUUGAGCAUAAGAGAUCCUACUGCAAGCUGCUCUCUGGAAUAGACCAGCACUGUGCUACAAAGACCUUGGGUCUAAACAUGAGGGACCUCUUUCCCAAUGAAGAUGCUGCUGCUCCUCAGGUUGAACCCCAACCACCAACUGGCUCACCUGUAAAUGAGAGAGGAGUGGCCAAGAGGAACGUGGUGGCACCAAUUAUAAAUGAUCAGUCUUCUGAGGUGGGCAACACCAAUGCUUACUUGAUACUUCGACCUAUCCCAAAUACAACUGAAGCCAUUGAACAGCAGGUGGUGAGGUCUGAUCACAUUAUCCAUCAUGAUGAACUGGACAAAAUGAGUGUAUUUGCCCCAAAGCCGGAGGGAGGGGACACAUCAAAGAUAGUUGGUGAGAUAGCCAUUCGUCAGGCAACAAAGAAUGCCAAAACAACCAUUGAGAAACGAGAAACUCUCCAUAGCCUUGUGAAGGGUUUCCGCGGCAAAAAUUCUGCAAGGAGAGAAUUGUUUGAAGGAGUGGAGAGUUCUCAAGAGGCACAGGCUCAUGUUGAGAAGGUGAUUGAUGAAGGAAGGAAGAGUGGAGCUCCAAAGAAAGUUAUUUCCCUGCCUGUCAAGCAGAGCAACCCUCUGCAAGUGCCAAAAGAAAAGAAUCUGCCAGGUACUGUAGCUUGCCAACCAACUGAGUGUACAAUUUGUAAGAAGAAGUGCAAGAAUUGGACAGCAUUGGCUUGGCAUAUGAGGAUCCAUAAAAGACCUAUAUUCAAGUGUUCUCUUUGUCGUUACAGCUCUGUGUCAGUCUACAACUUGCGUAGGCAUAUGCAAACAAUGCAUCAUCUGCCUACUGCUAGGGUUGAUGAACUCCUCAGUUUGAAUGUGGGACAGCAGAAAAUUGCACAUGAGGGCCGUGAGAAGGAGGCAAUGAAGCCAGGCGAGGGUAGCUCUUUGCCAACUUGUGAUAUUUGCUUCAAGACCUUUGCCAAUCGACGAAAUGUGCUACGACACAAGGAAAUCCACCGUCGUGAGCAGCUCAGCUCUGAUCUGAAUCGUGGAAGUGUUCCACAGACACACUCAAGAGAAGAGAUUGCUCGUAAUAAGGUGUUGCAGAUUAUGGAUGAAAAGAAACUGAAGUGCAGACGGUGCCACAAGCAGCUAUCAACCAUGAGGAGGCUGCAACAGCAUUGCUGCAAUCACUUUGGAUUUAAUCGAUAUAGAUGUAUGCUCUGUCCAUAUGAAAAUAAUGACUAUACCCAGAUGAGGAGGCACAUGAUGGGAAAACACGGAAGGCAAUUCCGUACUAUCCAUCAGAUCUCUGAAGCAAUUCGGAAUAUGAAGGUUGGAAUUUGGGUAAACCUUGUUCAGAAUGGAAAUGGCUCCAGUAAUGAUGAAGUCGUAAGCCCCAAUCCCAGGAAAUCUAAAGACUUGAUUGACUCUAAAAUGACUGCUGUAAAACUUAAAGGCAAAUGUGCUAAUGUUAUCACACCAAAGAAAUUGGAGAUAGAGGACACAUCAGAUCUCAAUGGAAAUGAUGUGGAAAUGGAAGAUAGUACAUUGGAAAUAAAAGGUCAACAGGAAACUGGAGCUAAUAAAAAGGAUGAAGAAAAUGAGGAAGAUGAAGCAGAUGAAGAUGAGGAGGAAGAUGAUGAUGAAGAAGAAGAUGAGGAUGAAGACGAGGGAGAAGAAGAAGAAGAAGAAGUGGAGGAGGGUGAGGAGGAGGAGGAGGAGGAAGAGGAGAAGGAGGUUGAUAAUGAGAAAAGAAAGGCAGCAAGUAAUAAAGAGUCAGCUAAAAAUGAAGGACGAUCUGGAAAAUCUCAGUCAAACAAAGAGAACAAAGUUGUUCCCAAAACACCCUCAAAGCAGUCUGCAGUUAACAGUACCACUGCCAAGGAUAUCCUGUGGACUCCUCCAAGUAGCAAUGGAGCCAGAAAAAGUCCUGAACCUACUCCAAGUAGAGAUAUGCCCAUCAGACAAGCAAGGUUGAACCACCAAAGUGUGUCUCCCCGCAAUCAAGCAGAGAAGACCCAAGGAGAGAAGCCGAGUGCUGAAAAGACCCAGCAGGUCAAACGGGACUUGACCAAAACAUCCGGGGAAAAGACAAAAGGAAGCAAAAGCGAGAUGGAUGAGGAGGAUAAGAACGCUCUGGAACUGUUGAUGGACAAGCGGUUAGUGCGAUGCCUCAAUUGCAACAAGCGUUAUCAGUACCUCAGCUCAUUGCAGAGACAUGUCCGCAUUCAUCUCCUUCGCAAUGAGACAGGCAUACCACAGUCUACUGCAACAAAGAACCCUGCAGACACCUCCAAGAAACACAAUGCCAUCGAGUCGCUCAUCAACACCAAUCUCUUAAAGUGCUUGAAGUGUCGUAAGCGCUUUGAAAGCAUGAGUUCCUUGAAACGCCAUGUUGCAAGGCACUUGGGCUACAGUAGCUUCAAGUGCAAAUUCUGUGGAUAUCUGUCACGUAACUACACCUGGUUCAAGCAGCAUCUUAAAAUGAAGCAUGCUGAUCGAAUCACUGAUAUGACUCAGAUGGGUAGUCUCAUAGGUAGUAUGAAGACCAAAAAAUGAAUGUAAUGAAUCUGCGCUUUUCUAUAAGGAACCUAUAACUUUUCAACUACAGUAGGGCUUAGUGGCUCAUAAAAAUUCAGAUUAUCAAGGGUCAUGUACAUGUAGUUCCUAUAAUGACAAAGUUACUUUAAUAGUAAUGGCUAACAUGGACAUUCAUGAUAGCUGGUAUGGUUGGGAUAUCAUUUUGUUGUGAGGGACAUUAGCUUAAUAUCAGAGUACACGUACAGUAUGUGUCCAUGAAAGGAUUGAUUUUUGAUUUGAUAUCCAAAAAACGAUUGAAAAAUUCAUUCAAUGUUUGUACAUGUAUGUUCUUUCUCCAAAUGUCUAUGUGAGAGCUGAUAAUGUUCAUACACAGGAACCAAAUUGAGAUACUACAUGUAGUUAUUGUUUUGGUUUUUACUUAACAGUAGGUAUACAUUUCAGGGCAGAACUAAAGGAUUUCAGUUUGUUUGUGCUGUGGUUUAAUGGGUUAGUCUUUUACACUAAACCGUGAUGAGUACUUACACAUGUAUACAUGCACAUAUGCAAUGCAAUUUAGUGAAACAUCUGACGUAUUGCAUAAGAUCAGUCAUAGGCUCAAGUUUCAUAUUAUUGGUACUGAUAUAUUGUGGUGUGUGUUUUUUUAACACAUUGGUUCUGUGUGGUGCUCUACCAAACCUAUAAAAGCUUUAAUUUCAUGAAAUGAUUUACAUUUCCUAUCAGAGUAAUUAGCCAAAAGAAUUAUGGCAAUGAUUUUCUGAUGAAGUAUAGAAGUUGUUACCCAAGGCAAUAUGCUUUUAAAAGCUGCUGAGCUAACGUAUGAUCUAACCUGUUCAAAACUUGGUAGCACAUGACAGAAAUUUAUGUACCUUUAUUAAAUAUGCUUAUGCCUGUUGUGAUUUUCGUCUAAAUUCUAAACAAGUAUGAACCAGUUCAGAUAAAACAUGAUGCAGCAUAAGCGUGAAAUCUUCACAACGAAAAAUAUUUAUUACAAGUUGAACGAUGUCUGUUGUCACAUCCCAAAACUUUAUUUUUUUUGUGACAAAGAAAAAAUGAAAGUCCUUAAGAUGACAGUUACAGCCGAAGGGAUGACAGCCACAUGUUUUGCUGUGUAUCUGUAGUCUUGUCUUGGUUCAUCUGGUUUUAUUGUUUGGGAGCCACUGCACAAAUAAACACUUGCCUGUACAUAUGAAUCUGUUGCAUGCAGAUCUUUCUGAUAGCUAGUUUUAACAAAUUGGCAUUGACCUUGUCACUUGUAGGUAAUUUGAACUGUUUAUGAGAACUCACUUGACGACAGCAUGGAGGAGGAGGAUUUAUAUCAAACAUAUGAUAAAACUUCUUGUUUUUGAAAUACAUACAAUUCGAGAUGAUACAAAUAUAACUCUUCAAGAGAACAAGACUAUAAUUGAUUUGAUACUACAUGUACAUGUUUGCCCUUAGACACAAGAUGUUAAUCUCAUAGGCCAUAUUUUGUACAUAAAUUUGCAAUUUUCUGCCUCUUAAUAUAUGUUGUUCUUGCCAAGAAUAGAUAUAACCCAUACAAAGUUGCAAGGCAGUCAUGAAGACUUGGUUGACCUCUGUAGUCAAUAUAUGCCACAGACAAACCUUGUUGUCUUCCUUUCAUAAGGUUGUGUGUUAUUGAGCGUGUCGAUUCAACGCGAAUGCACCAACAUGUAUUGCAAUGCCACGAGGUCAAUACUCCAGGUCUGCCAACUGAUCCUAUUUUCCACAUUUCUUUAAUGUGUUUUUCAUAAAAAUAUCCUUUUCUCUGCUUUUCCUCUUUUGUUUUCAUCCCUCAAAAUAAAGCAAUUCGCUCUAUGAGGUUGGCACCCCUGAUAUUGGUUCUGUUUUGACCUCAUUAGUUAUAAAAGAGGGUAAAACCCUGAUACAAAGUUAUAUUUUUUAUACAAAUUUUUUUUUAUAUGUCUUGCAUAGUUCGCUCAUGAUUCAUGACAUUCUGCACAUGUUCCUGUUUUGCAUAAAGAAUAUUAGUUGUUAUUUUAUAAAAAGGCUAUUCUGGGUGAUAGCAGCUGUGAUGGUUCUUUUAUUAUAUCAGUAAUCUCCCUUAGUUUGAAUACAUAACUUGCUUGCUGCUAUGCAAGCAAGCUUUGGUUUUUACAGGUUGUCAAAAUCACUUUAAAAGCCCAGCUCACACUGAGCUAUUACACGUAGCUGUGUAUUAUUGCUUUAGCAUAAUACAGUAACACACAGCAUAAUGCAGCACUUUGCAGCAAAAUAUUUGUUUGCAACUAGGCUUAAAGAUACAAAAUUUGAAUUUGAUUGUAUGAAUAUUAUAUUUUGACAAACCUAUACUUUCCAGUUUGAACAUGAGAACCUUGGCUUACAGCCUGAUACUUAAGAAGAGGCUGCUAGUUAAAGGGACAAACCAAAAAACCUACCUUAGUCUAGACAGGUUUGAUAGAAAAAAAUACACAAGACAAUCUAAUAAUAGACAGAAGAUAUAAUACACUGAUACACUGGCAGGGGGGGCAAUGCCGGCACGUUCCCCCCUUUUGAGAGGCACAAUUAAAAAAAAUGCUUUUAAAUCAGAAGUGUGCCACUUUUUGAAAGUGAAGACGUUUUUUUUUUUUGCUUGUCAAAAUUGUUUGUGGACGAAAUGUCCUUAUUUUUUAUUGUUUUUUUUCUUGGAAAAAUGUGCCCCCCCUUUGGAAAAUCAGUGUAGUGUAUUUUGGGGGACUGCUAGACUUUGUUGGCUUUUCAUAAUUCAUACUAAUCAGAUAUAAAGUAGAUUGAAAAUUACGAGAUUCGAAUACCAAAAAAACUGUCUGAAAGGAAAGCAUCCCAUAUGAUGGUUUCUGUGCAUGGCUGCAAACUGUUUGUGACUACAUGUAUAUGGUAGAAUGUCUCAAUAGAAAUAUUUUCUGUAUGUACAUACAAACUGAACUGUGGAGAAGCAAAGCUCAAAAGAUAUUGAAAUCAUGCAUGUAUUAUGUUGGAUUAUAUGAUUAAAUACAGCACAUGUGUUUUUGUAUAUGUUGUAUAUUUUUCCUUACAUAUUAAAGUGCAAUCUGUUUUUUUUUUUUUUUACACGAUCCUUUUCAGUGUGAAAAGACGAUUAUCAAAGUAUACUUGUUUGUACAAGUUCAUUAUUGUGAUGAUUAUGUUACUUGUUAGGUAAAGAAAAGUUUGAAAUAUGACAUCACUAGGUUUAUUUUUGACAACUCUGAUCACUUAUAUAGGUUAAGUUUAUGCAGCUUGUGAAAAUUGCAAUGUAUCUGAAUCACAUUAUAAUUCUGUAAUCAUGAUUUCUGGAAGCUUUUGUUCAUAUUGUUGGAAAGUAGUAUUUAAAAAUAUAUUGGAGUUGUAUUUGAGAGCACUGGAUGGUAUUACUAAAGAUGUUUUAAGAUGCAUGAAGGAUCCCAUUUCAUAAAGACACCAAUUGCACAAUUUCUAUAACAAGUUCACUUUCAACCAUUCAUGUUGAAUGGUUUCAGUAGCUUGAAACUGUUAUUGAAAAUGUAUGAUUGUAACAGGUUAUAUGAAUUUAGCCUCUGUUCCUGGAUGCUGAAUCAGAUUCACAAUCAUUUUGACUCCUGUUAGAAAAGUUGAAAUCGGGAGAGCAUUUUCACCCACAUUUCUUGUCUGACAAGUUGUCACGUCUGCCAUCUUUCCUUGAUUUAGAUUGGCUGAGAAGACUGUUGCUAUGGUAACUGUCAGAUUUAAAUGGAUAAAGCGGGGGAGCAUUUCGUGAAAGGACUUGUCAGACGUUUUAUCCGUACUAAUGGUGGUUCAUAGCCAAUCAAAAUCAAGGAAAGUUGUCAGAUCAGACAACUUGUCGAGCAAAAAUGUUGAUGAAAUGCUCCCAACUUGUCGCGCGAAAAUGUGGAGCGUUUCAUCACCAUUUUCGCCUGACAAGUUGUCAGAUCUGCCAUCUUUCCUUGAUUUUGAUUGGCUAUAGAGGCACUGUUACUAUAGUAACUGUCGGAUAAAACAGGACUUGUCGGAAAAAAUGUCCGACAAGUCCUUUCAUGAAACGCUCCCCGAUCUGUGCAGAUCCCUAACAAAUAUCUGAAUGAACAUUGAUGAUUUGUCAACUUUUGAUAAAGAUUUAGGAAAAAAGUAAACACCAACCAGGCUGGCUCUUUUUUGCCAUAUGUUGCCAGAUGCUUUUAUACAUUAGAUUAGAAAAAUGUUAGUUUACGGCAAAUUUCAAAAGUGUAGGGGAAAUGGCAAACUGUACAGAAAAUCAAAUGUGUUGAUAAGUUUCAAGAUCAUUUUUCUCAAAGCAGUCAUACUAGUAGUAUGGUGUACAUAAGUUAAGACAAUUGGCUAUCUUGUUUUGUUGCUUUUCCUUUUUUAAUCUAAAUCUGCAUAUCAUGUACAAAACUACUGGUAGGAUUGAUCUCUAGAACAUUUUGAUAAACAGUCUGUUUUGUUUAAUAAGUUUUUGUAGUUGAGAAUAAAGAUGAUUGUUUAACUGAAUAUAUCAUUGAUCAAUAUGAAUGGAUGUUGAUGAAUAAAAAUUCAGUUACUGAGGUAUUUACUUGUGUGUGGAAGAUGUUAGUUCUCUUCACAUGGCGAACCAAAAUUUGAAGUCAUAGCAAACCCUCAAUGGGCUAUCAUUAUGUUUCAUGAAAGUUUAAAGUAAAAAUGCUUUAUUCACAUAAUCUGUUGGCUUUAGAAUUGAAAUUGUGUUGAAUGAAUGCACACAAGUGUAAUUGCUUGUUGUUUGGUUCUUUGUUUUAAAAUCAUUCAAUUUUGGUUCUAAUGACAACCAUAAGACUAGGUUUGUCAAAAAGUGGUUUUAAUUUUUCAGACUACAGGGCUGAAUUGGACUGUAUACAGCAAGUUUGGAAUUGUGUUAGUCUUCUCUAAAGACCCACUUGUUUAUUAAAGCUCAGCAAUUCUUUCCGUAUAGUGUUCAGACAUUGUCAGACAAAUAGUCUUUACUUAUGCUACAAAAUGUGCAUUACCCGCUUCGGUCCUCAACAUUGUCAUGAGUUGCGAGGAAUAUUUGCUUUAUUACUCAAGAAAAUUAUAUGUAUGACAAGUUCAGUUGUACUUAAUUGAUUAGAAUAAAUUAUAAGUAUUCAGAAAUCAGAAUUUGUAUAAUCAAGAAAUCUAUUCUAAAUUCAUCCAUCAAUUGAUAUAUAGAGUUAGUACAUGUUAUUAGGCCCUUUCACAUAUAUCUAGGUGUACACAUACAUUUGAUAACAAGAAUCGUGAAUGUGAAGACAUUCUAAUGAUGUUGAAUUCUCCUUUUUUCUAUAAUUUUACAAGAAAUUUUAGCAAUUGGAAUAUUGGAUACAUGUUAUUCUUCAGAAAGAAAGAAAAAUGGUAAAAUCUAUUAAUUGGAUGGCUAACUAAUGGUAAAAAUGUAGAAAGUGAUAUUCUUUCCUUAAACUCGUUACUCGAUAGAAAAUUUAUAUGAAUUUAUGUGAUAAUACAAUGUUGGUUACCAAAGUUUUUUUUUUUGCUGGUUUAGGUACCUAUUCAUUGAUUUUUCUUUUGAUAUCAGGAAUAUUAGUUGAAUCAUUGUGAAUGCAAAUUCCGAGCAAACUGAGUCAAUAUAAUGAAUAUUCUUUUUAAGUCCUUUGAAGCCAAAGUUUAUUAGAAGGGGUGUUGUAUUGGUUGCAAUGCCAGAGAACUGCAUGUAAAAUAAUGAAUUAGUAUACGUUAAGAAUGUAAUUACAGAGGCUCCAAAUUCAUAUGACAGACAGGUCCACAUACAUGUACAAGGAGCUAGAAACAUGGGCUCACUUUACAGAUCACAUCCCCCAGUAUCAGACCCCUUCCCUAUUUUCAAACAUGCUCAUUGAAAUGUGGAUAUGAGUUACACUAGGCAAACUUUGUAAUGUGUUGUUGUGCAAUGAGGCUCUGAAAUUAAGAUUGCAAGUUUGUGCAGAAAGAACAGUUUAUUCAUAUUUAUUUUGAGCUGGAAUGUAGGACUUUAGUCUAGUUGUGUAAUAGCUCCCAGAAUGUAUGCAUUCACUUUUUGAUUUCAUCCCAUUUAUCCAGGUUCAUGCUUAUUCCAUUUGGUUUAUUGAUACAUGAUGCAUCAUGUUUAUAUAGAGACUGAAGAAACAGCUGUACAAAAAUAUUAUGUUCAUAGUCAAGUCCUGACAGUAUUAAUGUUAUGCAUGUUAUUCGGAAAGUUUAAAAUGUAUGGAAGUUAUUCCUGGAUGUUUGAUUUUCAUUGAUAUUAUAUGUUGAGCAGAGUGUACCACAUUCAAAUGUUUCAGCUGAGUGUAUGACAUUAAAAUAUUUCACUAAAGAA